UGCAAAUAUGGCAGCCACCAUGAAUCGAAUUUUGUUAGUUUUGUUUAUUUAUACAACAACAACGUUAAAUCUAAAAAUUAACGCCGAAGUUAUAGAUGAUUUCAAGGAAGAAUUAUUUAUAAAACCACUUCCAAGUGGACAUGUAUAUUUUCACUUUCAGUUUACCACAACAUGGGAGGCAGAUUUUGAAAAUCCCAAAUCAUUUGAACACUAUCGUCUUUUUCCAAAAUCCCUAGGACAUGUAUUGACGACAUAUAAAGUUCAAGAACUUCAUCUGUCUCAAACUCAAGGUCUGUGGAGGCAUGAUAAAUGGGGCUAUCCUGUCAGUAGUGCUCCUCCAGGAGCUGAACUAUGGGUAUGGUUCCAGCCAAGUAUAAAAAGCUUAGAUGAUACUUGGUCCGAGUUGGUCAAUGCUGUUUCUGGACAUUUCUGUACUUCCCUUAAUUUUCUUGAUUCAAAGUCCACAGCGGCACCAAGGUGGUCGUUCAGACCCCAUGGUGUGGCCUCGGAUGGAUACUCCAGCUUUUCAAAGUUUAUUAGAUAUGGAGCUCUACCCAGAGAAAUAGUUUGUACAGAGAAUCUGACACCAUGGAAGAAAUUGUUACCUUGUAAUACAAAAGUUGGAUUUGGUACAUUAUUUAAAGCUAUUAAACUAUAUGAUGCUAAUUAUCAUUCCUUGGGUCUAGAUGUUCGUCCAGUUUGUAGGGAUUCUGAUUGUAAACGUACAUCAAUAGAAUUAAGUCAGAGUUUGUCUGUUGUUUUUGAUCCAACCGUCAAAAAUAAUGACCACCAGGAUUGGUCUUUAAAGAAAAUAUUGGGAGAUGUUUUAUCUUCAAGAUGUCCUCUAGCAUCAUCUAGUAAGAUAUUUGUUGAUACAACUAGCAACAUACCGAAAUCAAUCUUCACGCUUUCUCCUGAUCCAGAUAGUGUUGAAACAGUUACACGUGGUGGUGAGAAGAGACAGUAUGCUGUAUAUGAUGUAGGACUUCAAACAGCUGAGGGCCGUGUACUAAAUUUGGGUGCUAAAUACGAUAAUCCUGUACAAUAUAAUGACAUCAUACCUCCACCGAUAUACGCUCAAAGAUAUAUAACAGGUUAUGGUUUAGAACAAGGUGGUGUAACAUGUGUAAUAUAUAAUAAUCUAGAUACGAAUCUAACAGUUAUAUAUAUGGAGACGUUACCAUGGUUUACCAGGUUAUACUUUAAAUCAUUAACUAUUGUCAACCAGAAUAAACAAGUACAUCCAUAUAAAGUUCACUACAUACCCGGUAAAGACAGAAGUCGAUCAUAUCAUUUAGAAUUAGUAUUCAGACUGAGAGCUAACUCGGUUACUAAAAUCAGUUAUAAGUUUGAGAGGGCGUUUUUAAAAUGGACUGAAUAUCCUCCGGAUGCUAAUCAUGGUUUUUAUAUAAAUUCUGCUGUUAUAUCAACUGUUUUACCUACAGCUUGUAAUUAUACAUCUACACCUCAAUCUUCAUCUUGCAUAGAAAGCAGUUUCCAAGAUAAAUCUGAAAACUUUUUUCUAAGAAUUCAUACCGAAACACUGUUGGUAUCACUACCUACCCCAGAUUUUAGUAUGCCAUAUAAUGUAAUCUGUUUAGCAUGUACAGUAGUAGCCAUUGCUUUCGGUUCCAUCCACAAUUUAACAACUAGAAGAUUUAUAAAAUUAGAUCCGUCCAAGAAAAAGGGAUUAUUAGCAAAAAUUAAGGCCAUUUUUAUAAAAGAGAAGAACACCAAAAGUGAUGAAGUUAGUGAAAAAGAAACUGACAAAGAAAAUGAAACAGAAAAGGAUGAAUGAAGAUGAACUAUUGAGAAAAUACAAUCUGAUUAAAACACAGAUCCUAUUUCGUUUCGUUUUUAUAGUUCAAAAUUUCGUUUUACUUGUCUUUUACUACACUAGGAUCUGGAAGUGUUGAUAUCAUUGACGUGUUCUGGAUGGUGUGAGGGAUUAGCCAAUGAAACGGUCUGUGACGGCGAGCUUUAGGCGUGUUUUUCACGGAACUGUGGGUAAUCCACUAGUAACAUCAAUGCUGAUUGGUUAAUCAAAUGUCUGACGUCAUAGGGUCAAAAGCCACUCAUAUGACCUCUGACGCGACCUAUCGCUACAACCGGUCAGAUCUUCAUGUAGUGUUGGCCAUCGAAAGUAUAAAAAAACGGAACGAAAUAUAGAUCUGUAUUUUAAUCAGACUGGAGAAAAAUUGACAAGGAAGAUGAAAAAGAAAAGGAUGAAUGAAUGAAUGAACAUUUUGGUGCAAGGCAUCUUUGAUUUCAAGGGGUGGGGGUGGGGAGGUUAAUGCUUUAGACCAUAAGAUCUGUCAUUGGGUCAAGUGGUGUUGUUUCAAUUCCCUGCUUGUACAUGACAAGUUGUCCAAUCUUGUGUUUUUGUGGGGUUCUCCCUAGUGCUGGGUAUUGCGACUGCAGUCACGAUACGAUACGUAUUGCGAUUCAUAUGCCAUGAUACGAUACGUAUCGCGAUUCAUAACUAGGUCAUAGAUUUAUCAAUAAAACAACAAAUUGAAUAUGUAAUUGUGUGUUUAAUGAAGCUUGAACUUCACCGCAGGUUUAACUGGCCGUCUUCUUAAUCUUAGCAGACGAACUUAGACAGUCGCCCCUAUGGUGUCUUGUCAAGUGAGUGCUGAGAUUGGUUGUAUUACCACAAUAUUUUAGAAUAGUUUUGCAUAUUCUACAAACAACUUUCGUUGUAUCACCUUUUAAAAACCCAAAGUUUUCCCAAACUUUAGAUUUAUAUUUCGCUAGAGGAUUUAUUAUUGUGACUGUGUUUUCCGCCAUUUUGAUUUUUACAAGAGCUACUAUCUAUUAUAUUUACGUUCUAAAUUUAUAAAAUUCUAGAGUAAAAUGUUGUUUUAUGUAUUUAAAUAUGUAUGUUUUAUUAACUAAGCCUUAAAACAAACUUUAAAAUUCGGAAACAAAAUGAAAAGGCGUUAAAAUGUUGUUAAUCUAAACCUACGUAACUAACGGUAAUUACGGUUGUGCGCUAUUUAUAGUAACACACAUGUCAGGGCUACUGGACAUCGUUUGCGAAGUGUCAUUGUUUCAAAUAAAGUUUAGGGUAUAAUUUAAAGUUCAUAAUAUAUUUGAGAAAACACAAAAAAGAAUCGUGAAAAAUCGAUUCGGCAUCCCGCGAUUCAAUACAGGUAUCGUGAGACUUGAAUCGCGAUACAUCGAUUCAACAAUUCAACGAUAUAUCGUGCCAGCACUAGUUCUCCCACUGCAUAUAUGUAUAAAGACCCCUAUGAUUAAGCAAGUGAUUAAAUAAAAUUGAAUCUUAUGUUAGUCCCAAAAUUCCCUAGUUUGUGUCGAGUGGACGCUGACCAUUUCUCCCUCUUUCUCUUUUAUUUCUGUGAGUGCAGAAUCUGGUUACUCUAAGAAGAUAAAACUAAUUUUGCUUUCAACAGUUCACACUUAAGAAAAAAAAAACAUCAGUAGCGUAAGAUGUUCAUAUAUUCUUCAUGACAUUAAUUGUGAUAACACAAAGGGAAUUCAUUUAUUUCAUAAUUCACUUUGUAUGUUGUUCAUAUAUGUAAAAAAAUUUAAAAUAGAACAAAAUUUAUGAUCGAUCGAACUUUCUUAAUACAUUUUAUUAUUGUGUGUAGUUGUAUAUAAUCGUAUGUGUUAUUUAUAGUAGAUUCACAUAUUUAUCAUCUGUAUAUAAUUCACAUCAUUUUAUAAGAAUCGUAGCUUAAAGGUCACCAGAAAAGCUUCAUAAAUAUUUUAAAUAAUGCAAGGAAUUAUCUCAACAUAUCCUUUCCAUAGGUAUAACACGAUCCUGAAAUAUCAAUGUUACCUGCCACAGGUAAAUUUCAACGUUGGCGAUUUCCGCCGUUUUUCGUGAGUACUCGUAACUCUCCGCCAAAAAACAAGACUAGAAUAUGAACGGAAGGACUAAAAUGAUGUUACUGCUGUUUUAUUGGUGGAAAGUUACGACUACUCAUGGUGUAAAUGGCUAACUUUGAAAUUUACCUGUUGCAGGUAACAUUGACAUCCAGGAUCGUGUUAUUCUUAUGGAAAGGAUAUAUUGACAUAAUUACUUGCAUUAUUUAAUAAAAAUUAUGAAGAUUUUCCAGUGAUCUUUAAUUUGAAUGUAUAUCAUUUUUCUAAUUCCUUGGAAUAUUUACUUAUAUUGCAAUUUUUGAAGUAUUUUUUUUACACUGAACACCAAUUUCUUUGAAAAAACUUUAUUCAGUAUAAAAAUUUGUAGGUAAUCGAAGCAUUAAAUUUAUUUGGCUUCUAAUAUUUUUCUGAAGUUCAGAAACACUUUGUGUGAAUUUCAAGCCAAUCAGAUUAUAACUUUUGCCUCUGCAAGAUUUUUCUAAUGUUCAAGGGACAUAACUCCAUCAUUCAAAAUCAAUAGAACAUAAACAUUGCUUAUAAUUUUCAUGUUAAUUGGAUAACUUGCUUGUGGACAACAGAGAGGAGGGGCCAAUAUACAACCCCAUUUUAAUGUGAGCAUAUAAAAGGUAUUACACAGAACUAUGCACAUUCCAUGUAUGUUUUUAUUUGUAUUUAAAGAAACAUAACAAGUAGUCUAUUUAAAACAUUGUAUUUUCAAAUACAGCAUAAUGUGGAGAAGGCUAGCUCGGAGACGGUCCUGCAUAUUUUAGCACAUAUGACGUCAUAUGUGGAUUGUGGGUUAGGACCUACAGAUUUCGUAAGUCUUGAGAUGUAAACACGACUAGUGCUAACCCUAACCCUGGAUCAAGCCUAACCCUUACUCUAACGCACAGUCCACAUGUGCAGGAGAGUCUCUGAUUAAUGUGUUUUUGUAAUGCUUACUCCUAGGAUACCUGCAAUACCACUUCUGACGAGAAUUUUAUGUAUUUGAGAAUACAUGUAUUAAGAAAAUCCUAUUAUAUUUUCCAGAUUCUAUUCUUAAUGUACAUAUACGAUAAAUAAAAAUAAUGCACUUAC